GGCCCGCGAUAGCGCAAUUUCAUGAUCCUUUGCUCAGAUGUCGCCUUUUGUAUUUUCUUUGUUAUAAGGACCUUGCCCGGACUCGACCUCCCUACACGGAUCGCUCUACAACUCUUGACAUUACUCCGUACAGGAACACGGCCUUGCAUACAAAGUCGCCGAGUCUCUCGAGUCACAACCUUAGCACGUUGUUACUGUUGCGCGAGAUAUCAAUUCGAUUGUCGAGUUUUUCUUUGGGUGUCGUCAUCAUCGAUCUUCACUCGCGACCAACGCAACAGCAAUCGCAGGGUAUAUGUGCUGCAUUUAUGAAGCUUGCCUACCAAACCUACGGAGUUACGAACAUAAUUCCUUUGGGCUCCGCCAACGCACUUAAUACCGACCCAUCCGAAGCUAGUCGACACCAUGGCACCUUGCUGGUAAAGAUCUAAUCUACGCUAUUUUACCCCUCGGUUGCAUUGCGUGAUUCCCACGUUUUUCCAGCCCAUCGUUCUCUGCAGCCACUGCGCGCGCACUUCCACUUACCGACCUACAUAACUUCGACAAUGAUAGAAUUUCGAUCGGGCGAGCAUCGCCCAAUUCAAACGAGCGCGGUUAUUGUUCUGGGUGCCUCGAAAGGCCCCUCUCUGCCACCACCAUCGCCGCCGACACCUUUUGCAAACCCAACAGCAGAUGGCUGCGAGCCGCUCGAGGCCUUCGAUUUAGAAGAAACAUAUAAGUCCUCAAAGGAGAAAGAAUCUGUAUCGCGGAAACGUCUUCAAGAUGGACUACAUGUUUUGAAUACGGAGGCGGCGGCGCUUCACAACCUAGGGGUUCUCUAUGAAACAGACCCGAUUGCCCGCGAAGGGUUUACGAAAUCCGUUGCGGCUAUUAUACAGCAAGCUUCUGCUGGCGGCAAGCUUGUAGUUAUUGGAGUGGGCAAAUCAGGCCACAUUGGAAAGAAGCUGGUUGCUACGUUUCAGAGCUUGUCUGUACGGGCUGUCUUCUUACAUCCCACCGAAGCCUUGCAUGGUGAUCUUGGUAUUGUUGGACCAGAUGAUACGCUCAUGUUCAUCACCUACUCUGGGUCUACACAGGAGCUGAUGCUCCUACUGCCACAUCUGGACGAUAAACUACCCACUAUUCUUCUUACAUCGCACACACGCCCGACCAAUUGCAAAUUUAUUGAACAGCGACCAAACACAAUUCUCCUCCCUGCGCCAGUUCACGAGCUUGAGAAGGAUUCAUUUGGUGUUUCUGCUCCUACAACAUCUACUACAGUGGCCUUGGCGGUCGGUGACGCUUUAGCAAUUGCUGCCGCCAACGAGCUGCACCCAAGCACAGCCAAGACAUUCGCAAAGAACCACCCAGGCGGUGCUAUUGGCGCCGCAGCAAGAGCCCCAAGCACUAUUGGACAGCUGUCGACACCUUGGCAGGAUAUCCACGAUCCUGCUGGUCUCACUAUGGCAAGCACCGGUCUGGAUCUCCUCAGAUCUGGGUUUGAUUCAAAAUCUGGUUGGGUAAUUGUGGAUGAUACGUGGGUUGCCUCACCUACGGCCAUUCGGAAUCUAAGCAACUGCCAAUUACAACAAAAGAUGACGGAUUUAUCACCACUGCUCCUGGUAUCGCGAGAACAGAUGUUUGACUUGUCUUCAGAGAUGACAAUAAGACAAGCGAAGAUCGUAUUACGGGAGACUUUGGAGACCCAGCAUUGCCGAGUUGAAGAAGAUGAUAUGUUCCUUCGCAGCAAUUCUGUUAUCGCAGUUAUUGCAAACGGAACCAUCUCUGGAGUACUGGAAGUUCAGCAAAUACUGGACUAUGAAUCAUGACUUUCAACAGAAUAGAUAAAACUCUCAAAGAGAGCAAGCCUUUGGGCUACGACUUCAUGAAUUUGGUAUAGCUUUCGAGCCACACCCAAUGCAUAAAUUCACAUUUGCACAGCGUACAUAGUCAGCAUCAGCAACUGCAAGUCAUGUUGCGACAGCAUUAUAUUGAAUUCCAGCUAUCUUUAUGCGACAAAUAGGUCGCA